UCUCUCUCUCACACACACACACACACACACACAGUCGUCCUUUCAGCAGUGUGGCAUCUCUGCUAAUUCAGUCCCCGCAAAGAGAGAAGGGAAACAAUGAUCGCUACGGCUGCUGCUUCAGGUAGAUGAGAGAGAUAAUUCUAUAGAGAUGGGAGGUUGUUGCUGCUGUGCAUCUGCCAGUACCGAACUUCAUAGGUCGACACCGUUCUUUCAUUAUCCAGUGUCGGAAUUACCGCCUCACCAUACAACAGUAGACGCUCUAUCGACAGGGCUAUUGGUUGAUACAAAUCUAGACACCUCUCUUUUAGACACAUAUCAACCACCUCCCGCACCUAUACCUUACGAAACUUAUGCAGGACGCCCACAAACACCACCAACCAAUCGAGAAAGAUCUGGAUAUAAUAAUAAUGAAGCAGUAUCUGAAACAACUAACGUGGAGUCUAUUGAAGCCGCUAACGCUGAGAGCACGUUUGAGAUUAAGGCAAAGGACCUAGAAUCUGAUGAAAAGUCGGAAAUAAAUAGCAAGUUGGAAACAUCGAAAGAAAUGGAAGACAAAAGUUCGGAUGAUGAACUUAAAAAGUCCAGCAAAUCCGUCGUUCCACCACUACAAGAUGAGGAUGAUAUUUGCCCCACUUGUCUUGAAGAAUAUGAUGCGGAGAACCCUAAAAUCAUCACUAAAUGCGACCAUCAUUUUCACCUUGGUUGUAUUCUUGAAUGGAUGGAAAGAAGCGACACAUGUGCUGUGUGUGAUCAGCUAAUGGUUAUCAGUCCUGUUGGAGGAGUGUAGUUAGUAAAAUGUUGCAGUUGAUGAAAUGAUCAAUGGAGUCUCUUAAGAUAUCCCUUCUAUUCGUUUGCUUCGAAUUUGAGAAGAUUUCCCGAUUAAGGGCAAAUAUGGAAGAAAAGAAAAGAAAGAAGGAAUCUGAAGAAAUAUUUUAACCCAUGAAAAAUUGGUUUUAAAAAGAAAAGGAUAAAUAAGGUAUUCUAAUGGGAUUUUUCAUUCUCACAAUUGCUAAUGAGAAUUUUGAAAUGUUUUGGUUUUUGUGUAUAAAAUGAAAAUAUGUUUGGAUGAAGUGACGAGAUAUUAGUUUUAUAUAUAGGUGUGAGAAUGAAAAUACGAGCUUUUAUGUAGUUAUUAUUGUUGAAUGGAUUUAUUUGUACAGAGGUACAAAUGUCUAUGAACUGCAGUCUCAUUUAUAGACUUGGGCGACACCGAUUUGCCGCUU